UGACGCGAUGACGCACGGCAGGUUUGCGGACGUGGCGGCGGCGCACGGCCCGGAAGGCGGAGACGUUGGCGGCGGUGGUGGCCGGCGACGCGGGACGGCCCCGGGCGGAGGCUCGGUCAUGAGUCUGCCCGGGUCUGGAGCCGCGGCGGCGGACCUGGCAGCUGGCUCCCUGGUGCGUCCCCGCUGCUAACGGAGCAGAUUUUGACAUGGCAGGGAGACAUCAGAACCGUAGUUUUCCUCUUCCAGGAGUUCAUUCAAGUGGUCAAGUACAUGCAUUUGGAAAUUGUACAGACAGUGAUGUGUUGGAGGAGGAUGCUGAAGUAUAUGAGCUUCGAUCCAGAGGAAAAGAGAAAAUCCGAAGAAGUACAUCAAGAGAUAGACUUGAUGACAUUAUAGUAUUAACAAAAGAUAUACAGGAAGGAGAUACUUUAAAUGCAAUAGCCCUUCAGUACUGUUGUACGGUAGCAGAUAUCAAGAGGGUUAACAAUCUCAUCAGCGAUCAAGACUUUUUUGCCCUUAGGUCUAUCAAAAUUCCAGUUAAAAAAUUUAGUUCAUUGACUGAAACACUUUAUCCUCCAAAAGGAAGACAGGCUUCACGUCCUUCAUCUGUUCAGUAUGUUCCAGAACAACAGGAAAUUUUGCCACCUAAUGAUUCUCUUUCUUCCAGUGAGUCAGCUGAUAACUUUUUAAAAGAAGUAGACCGAGACAUAGAACAAAUAGUAAAAUGUACAGACACCAAAAAAGAGAAUCUUAAUGAGGUGGUAUCUGCUUUAACAGCACAACAGAUACGUUUUGAACCUGAUAACAAAAACAUUCAACGUAAGGAUCCUUAUUAUGGAGCGGACUGGGGAAUAGGGUGGUGGACAGCUGUAGUGAUAAUGUUGAUAGUAGGUAUAAUAACGCCAGUAUUUUAUUUACUGUAUUAUGAAAUUUUAGCUAAAGUGGAUGUUAGUCACCAUUCAACAAUGGAUUCUUCACAUUUGCAUUCAGGAGUGACACCUCCAUCACAACAAAGAGAAAUGGAAAAUGGAAUUGGUCCAACUAAAGGAAUACCCUUUGGCCAACAUGAUCAUAAACUAUAUAGUCAGGAUUCUCAAUCACCUGCUGCUCAACACAAGACAUAGCAGUUAGCUCAUAAUAAUAACAUUGUUAAUGAUCAUGUGUAUCUGGAGUGUGGUGAAUCCGUUAUCAAUAACCACUUUAAGGGCAGAAGUUAGGGAGAUUGAAGAUGCUUUUGUUUUUCGCCCUUUUGGGGGAGCCAUUUACAAAUUGAGUAUAAAAUUCUUACAGUUGCUAGUUGUUGAUAUUGAGAGUUGUGAAUCCAUGUAUCUGUUGUAUCAAUGCUUAAAGCAGAAAUGAAUUUAAAUAUGGGUCUAGGAAGUUCUUAACUUGGAAAAUGCAUCAUUUUUCUUACUCAAGGUUGGUUAUGUUUAAGUUUUAUUUUCCAAGGAAUUAUUUUUUGGCUUAAGUCCCCAAAAUAUGUAUUCUAGUUAAGUUGCCGUUUGGUCACUAGAACACUGGAUUGGGUCAAGACCUAAAAGUAUUCUUUGUCUCUUAAAGCUCACUGCCUCUGCUUCUGUUUUUUAAGUGAUUAUAUUUGCCUCUGUUAUUUGAAAGCACUUUUGUAAUUCUUUAAUGAAAAGUGUUAUACGAAUUAGCAUUAUUUAGGAAAUAAAUCCUUACAUACUGUGAUAAGUUGUUGCUGUGUUACAUGCAGUAACAUGCCUUAAUUACAUUUAAUGCCUUAUGAUAAUUGCUUUACGUAAGCUAAUACAAUUUUUAGAAUUAAAAUUAAGUAUUAUUUCAGAUGGUCCAACAGGAUUCAUAACAUAUGCUGUGUAAGUUCGUCUCCACCUUCACUAUCAAGCACAACAGUAUAGGUUUAUUAAAACAGAUUUUCAUGGUCUGCCUCAGGUCUGUUGCAGAAAAUGAUUAAUAAGCAAAAGCAAAGGUGAAAGAGCCCUUUUGCAUUAACAGUAACAAAUUAUUUCUUGAUCCGUUAACCUGGUUUUCAGAGACAAUGUUCAACCUAGACCUUUUUUUCCCCUCUGAACUGUAGCAUCAAUUUGGGGAACAGAGGCCAGAGGUGUGUGGAUCAAUUGAAAGGGCUUGAUAGUGCUACUUCUUAAGAUUUGCUGGGGAUCAGACAUAGUUUGGCUAACUAAGCAUCAUUUGCUUACUGAUUUCCAUCAUUUAGUUUUAUAAAGUAUGUGUUUUAAAAAUGUUAACCAAAAUGAUUCAUUAGAAGAAAGAUUUGGUGGAGUCUGAAUUGUCUGUUUUGUGUAUAAUAAAGUAUGUAUCUUAAGUUAUAUAAUACCACCUCAUUUUGUGGGCAUUAUUUCCUAAUUUUUAAUGUUUCAGGUUUUGACCAGUCAUUUUAUAUUUGCAACUCCAAUAUUGAUUUUUAAAAAGGGGGAGGAGUGAAUAAGUAUGGUAAAAUGAGGUUUUAAUGUACUUUCAGGAGGAAAGUAUCAUAAAAAGACAGGACAAAGAAGUCAAGCAUUAAAGCCCUUGCAUGUAUUAGAGGACCUUAGACAAUUAAUGAAAAAUGUUAAUAUAGAAGUUGUAGCAAAAUCAUUUUUUGAGUAACUCUUUUAAUUUGGAAUUUUAAAAAUUAUUUUAAUGUGCCUUGGUAUCUUGAAAAAAAUGUAUGAUCUUUCUAAUCUAUGCUCAGUGUUAACUUGGUCAGUUUACAUUGUAUUUAUUACACUUGCCGAAAAAUCAAGUUUUAGGGAAGAGAAAUGGAUUAUUUUAGGAUAGAAUUUAGAACUUUGUUUACAUCAAAUUGAUGAAAACCCAGAGUCAGUAAUUCCUUUUUGCUAGUGCUACUUUGAAAUUGUGAUAGGUCUGAUUUCCAAAGUAAGUGACUUAAAGUGGUGAAGUGUACUGUGUACUUGAUUUAAAACCAUUUCUGUCUUGCAGUGUCCUGUUCCUUGAAGGAAAUUUAACAUAUCCUUAUGACACAAUCAGGCGGUUUCCCUUCUCUAUAUCUUUGAAUUCUUUAUAAUUCUAUAUAUGUCAUAUAUAUAGAAUUUUAGAUUUUAAUCUUUAAGGGUCAUUUAAAAAAUUUCCUAAGCAUUUAAUAGUUCUAGAAUAAUUUUAGCUUUUAAAAACGACUCAUAUACAUCAAAAUUUAUAGCAAAUACAGAUUACUUGGUAAAACUUAAUAAGUUAUUAUUUGAUAUUGUGGGUUUUAAUUGUGUUGAAACCCUUAUUUGAAUUUACUUGGACACUUUACAUUAGAAGGUAUGUAUGUUAUAUAUAUCCUAACAAACCGUUCUGUUUGGUUUGCUUAAAAAAUUGGAGUUGUAAAUGAAGAAAAAUCUAUUUUUAAGACAGAUUAUUAUUUCUCUUAAACCUGGGUAUAAAUGGUUAAGAUUGUUUUGAACUGUUGAAUGCUGUUUAAAGUUUUUGCCAUCCUACUCCUAGAAAAGUAUGGGAUUUGUCUUUUGAAAAGACAGAUUAAAAGAUUACACAGUCUGCUGGCCGUAUUAGAAUUAGAAAGAAGAUAUUAAAUGAACUUUUCCAAAGGACUUUGUUUUUUAAAGCUUUUCUUUUUCUGUACUCACUUGUUCAGCAAGAAUUCUUUAAAUGAACCACUACUUAGUAAUUAGUUCUUUUUAAGGUAUCUGUUUCUAAAAUUAUCUAUAUGGGAAUAUGAAGGGUGUUUCAGAAAUAUCAUGAAGCCAGGAUCCAGUCAAAGCAUUACAGGGUAAAUGUGGAGGUUUUAGAAAUCUGUAUUUAAAUGGUGCAUUAUGAUGAGUAUCAUUCUUAUUUUGAAUUACAACAACGUUGCUCAGGAAAUCAGUAUUUUUCUUCCAAGUAUGUGCAUAUUGCACUGUUAGAUAAUAGAAAUAUCUGAAUGCUUUAUUUCUUUUUAUGUAUGCAAAUACUAUAAAUCUUUUGUAUGAUGUAUUUUAUACAAAUGCAAAAUGCAAUUGUAGAACAUUAUUAGCAUGUACAUCUGUAAAACUGGUUUUUAAAACUUUCUGCCCCUUAUUUUUCAUAUUUUAAAAGAUAUGCAAAUGUAAUAAAGUUUCUAUUUUAUUAUUCA